AUGACCUGCAUGGGCCAGGCGGGCUACUCCGUCACCCCCGAUGCGCCAUCAAAUCCAGGGCAGGUGUCAUGGACGGGAGAUGUGUUGCAGCGAGGUUACCAUAUCAGGCCGACCAUUUUCUGCUGGGUGCUGGUCCAGCACGCGGGCAAGGAGCCAAAGUUGCUUAAUUGGCAGCGUCAGCGAGACCUUGGUAUCUUCGCGUGCGAUGGCUGGAUGGUCAUCAGCAAUGCGUCGGCUAGAGAGGUCUUGCCUGCUGAGGCUUGGCAAACGAACUUCAGUGUGAUCCAGGGCAACACUGUUGGCAGGACCUUCCGCACUGUCCACGGCGAACUGGUUAGCGAGUCAGCUGACGCAGGGGUCUAUGCAAAGGCUUGGAAGGCCGUUUUCGACAAGGGCACUUUCCGCUCGUUUGAUUGGAUUCUGAAGCUGGACGUUGGUGUUGUUGUUGCUCCUGAACGUCUUCGGAGUGCUUUGAACGCCCUGUGUCCGCCAUCGGAUUGCGGAGCGAAAAUCGUUCACAACUUUGGUGGGGACUUGCUGGGGCCUGUGGAAGCAAUGAGUACAAAAGCUGCCACAACGCUGGCAGACGGCAUUCACAGCUGCACGAACACCGCAAGAUGGGAGAGCCAACCCGAGAACCGAUGGCUGUCUUCAUGUGUCAGUACACUGGGCAUUGGAUCUGUGCGAUCAUCUCUCCUUCUCGCGGACCACAAGGCUAGCCCUCGGCCCUGCGACACACUGCACGGCUCCUUCAGUCCAUACAUGGACCUUGGCUUUCAUGCACUCUGUCUGAAGCAAUCGGGAUACUACUUCAUAGAACCCCCGCCGACCACAACCCUCACUCGUACCAUAACAAGUACUUCGUCAACUUCAACUUCUGCAACGUUUACCACUUCUACUGCCACAACUACAACCAUGACUUCUACAGUUCCCAAAGUGGCGCCGAACAGCAUCUUCGCUUUCGAAGGAAGAUCUUUCCAGAAGAAGCUGCCUGUUUGGGUGCUCACUGCCGAGAACGAGCAGCGUGGAAUUCCCUUUGCUCUGGAGCUUGCAGGUGGUCUACUGGCACUGAUUGCAUUGCCCGUGGCCGGCGUCUACUACUCUCGCCGAUCCGCUGGGCCCACCGUGGUGCCCGAGGAGCCUCAAGACACCGGCGAGGCCUUGCUGACAGGCCCAGCGGGCCCGACCGCAUGA